CUUGUUCGAGCAGAUUCAUAACUGUCAGUCGGUGUUAUGAAACUGCUGUCAUCGUGCUGCACUGUUUACGUAAAAUUCAGUUCAAGAACUAAUUCUUCCCUGGGAAAAUGUUGCAGUUUCCCUUGCUGAGUCGCAUUUUCCCGGUUUUGGGACACACAGCACGAUCCAUUCAUAGCAGCGCUGGACUAUUGUUCCGCAGUACGCCGGUACUGUGCGCCGAACCGCUAAAGAAGAAGAAAAAGCUCGAUCCACAGAUCAUCAAACAACGCGAGGAGCGUAAGCGGAAGCGACUGGAGAAACAAAUUCGACGGCUAGAGAAAAAUGCGCGCCAGCUGAAACCGAUCGAGGAGCUGGAAGUGCCGAUGGAGUUAAUCGAUGAGCAAUCCAAGCGUAAGCGCAACGUACCGAAACCAACGCCGGAGCUGAUCGAGGGCCGUGCCCUGCUUGAGAAACAGUGGGCCAAGUACAGGAUGCAGGAGACGCUAGCCGAUUAUCAACUGUUCGAUCGGAUUGUGGCAGCACAAACGAAAGCACUCAAUGAGCUGAAGCUAGAAUCGGAAGAGCUAUAUCAACAGGCAAUACAACCAGAUCCAGCACUGGUGCCGUUCCGUGCCCAAGGCCCUGUUGCUACUCCACCAAUCAAAGACUACGAACAACCGGACGGGGAGUAUAUCGAUGUGUCCAGAAAGUGGGAAUAAUCACACAAACACAUACCAAGCAACAAUUCAGUGUAAGAAAUGUAAGCAUAUUAACUUUAUAUUAGUGUGUCUAAGUAAAGGUAAAAUAAACAUGGGAAUAAUGUGAAUUAUCAUAAUAAUGAAAUACGCACAGUCCCUGGUGAAACAAUUAUAGAAA